AUGGUAGCUGCACGGAGGUACUACCACAAAGCCGUGUCGCUUUUGAGGCAUCGCCUCGGGAAAACGGACCAACCUUAUGCGACCCAUGGAUUCGCAGCCACAGUCAUGUUUUCAUGCUACGAGAUGUUGGAUGCGACCGGACUGGAUUGGCAGAGACAUUUGAACGGGGUCUUCACCUACGGAAGAUUGCGCAACAUCAAUGGCUCGUGUGGGGGCAUCGAGCAAGCUGGAUUCUGGUCCAUUGCUAGACAAGAGGUCGUCUGCUCCAUCAUAAACAGGACAAGGCUGCGACUGGACCCCGAUUUGUGGGGCAUUGACCUCGAAAACAUUGGACAGGAAGGCAGCGAAGACUUGAUCAACAACCAAGUUUUGACCAUUCUCGCCAAGGUCGUUGAUUUCACGGCUACCCUCGACACCGCUUUCGAACGGGAUAAGCAGGCGGUGACGGAAAGAUGGCAAAACUUGACUCAGCUCUUGGACCACUGGGAGCGAUCCGUGCAGGACUUUAUGGGACCGGUCUGCGCCUACAGGAAGACUGGUGAAGUGUUUUCAACCAUUUGGUUUCCCCACGGCGUUUGUGCGAACUCAUGGCAAAUGUUCCACCUCGCCCGCAUAUUACUUCUGACUACAAAUCCUCGCCAAGGCAGGAAUUGCAUGAUGGCAUACCGGACAGUCGAGUUCGAAGUGCUCUGUCACGCCCGGCGGAUUUGUGGCAUCGCGCAAAGCAAACCACAUGGCAGUAGUCGUGUCAACUCCGUUCAGCCAAUCUACUUCGCUGGAUGCUGCUUCAGUGAGACCGAGGAACGUAUUCAAACAGCGAGGCUCUUGAACGACAUCGAAGACGAUCUUGGCUGGGCAGCAAAGUAUAGAGCUCGAGACUUGUACGAUCAAUGGGGAUGGUCGUACCCUCCGGCCGCGAGUGUGUGA